UGCGUUCAAACAAUUAUAGUACAUAAAUAUAUAACACUUUUUUAUACAUAAAUCAUUAGAUAAUUCGAAACCAUUUAAAAAUAUAAUAAUUCACUUCUUCACCAGUGAUUGCGUUUACCCAUACUAUUUAUUUUACUUCCAGUGAUAAAGUUAUAUAUUAUUCGAGGUUAUCGAAUGAACCUUCUCCAAUAAGACAUCAUUCAUAUUAUUUUAUUAAAUCAAUAAAUAAAUAAUAUACAUAUAAAUUUAAAUAAAAAUGUCAGUGGAUAAUUUUUUCCACAUCAAUCCCAUGACAAUUAAAAAUCGUGGUAAUUAAAAUUUACGUUACUUAAACUAUGCGUUUAUCAAGUUAUCACGUUAUCAGAAUCAUAAUGGAUUUUAAAUUGAUAAUCCAUUAAAUGAUUACUGAUAAGAAGGUUUUUACAAGUGAUGACAACGUCAAGUUCAUUUCGGUUCAUUUACAAAAUUAGGUUAGAAAAAUUCAUUUACAAAAUUCCUUUUUUUUUAUAAAAAAUAAUAAUUAUUUGAAUGGAAAAAAUGUAUAAAGUUCGUUUCAAUUCGGAUUAUAUUCCAUUGAUUGACGAAGAUGCCCCACGUUAUCGUAUAAUUAUUCCGUUUAAAAAACUUGCCUGGUUUACUGUCGCGUUACCAUUCUUUGGAUUUAUUUUCUGUGUUAUUUGGUCUAUUAUUUAUAAUUUUGAAGCUGCGACCUCAACUCACUGCAAUGUAUUCAAUGUUUUGCCAUCGAUUUCGGCAGCUAUUGGCCAUUAUAGACCACAAAGCGAUGUUUGGAAAACCGCAAUUGCUAUUCAAGUUGUUAUUAGAGCUCUAAUACUUGUUAUGUAUUAUUAUUACUAUCAACAAACUGUGUACAGAUGGGCGCAAGGUGUUGUAAAUAUCGCAUUAUUUAGUUAUGCUGUGGAAAAUAUUUCGCUGGUUACGUUGAGUUUCUGGACUUCCAAUGAAAACUAUGCUUUUCAUAAACUAUCUUUCAUCACAUUUUUACUUAUGUCUUUUGUACAUAUGAUAGUAGCGACUUAUAUAUGUAAAAAUUGUCGAAGUUCUGCCAGAGAUCCAUCAGAAUCAAAAUCAUGUGUCUUAAAAGUUCGUGCUCUGACAUUGAACGUCUUAUCAAUUUUAAGCGCUUGUUAUUUCUUUUGGAGACAUAAUCAAUACUGCGAGCCUCUAGUUUACUCAAUGUUCGCUUUGUCAGAAUACAUGGUCGUUAUGACAAAUAUGAUGUUUCAUUUAACAGCAGCGUGGGAUUUUGCCGAAAGAAGGCUUUUAGUAUCAACGCGAGGUCUAAGAAUCGUUUAAAUAAAUAAACAUAUAUUAUUUAUAAAUAUAUUGUACAUAUGUAAGUACAAUUGUUGAUAAUUACUGCGUGACAGUAUAUUUUUAAUACUAAUUUUUGAGAAUGCUCUACACUUAAUCAAUUAUAGUCGAUGACUUUUAACAAUACAACGAAAAAUAAUGAAUAUAUUUAGAGGUCAAGGACUGGAAAAAGUGGUAAUUUGUGAAAUUAACUGAAAAAAACUCGUGUAUAUGUAAAAUAAAAUGUAUAUAUUAUUUGAUAACCAACAUGUCAGUAUAUACUUAUAAGUAAAUCAGGUCAUGAACAUCAACGACUUAGUAUAUAAAAUACAAUUUUUGAUUCAUUUUUAAAAAAUCGACAGUCAUAUUUUUUUUAUGACAGCUCGUAGUUUUUUUAUUAUUAAUUAUUAUUGGUGCUAAAAUUUGAAAUCUGUUUCAAGUUUAUUGCAUAUAUGCUUAGCAAUAGCCAUACUACUUGUAGCAGCUGGUGACGGCGCAUUACGACAAUGAAGUACUCGGCUGCCGAUGCUUCCAACUCCAUUAUCAAAUACAAAAUCGUCGACUAAUUUACCAUCAUUAUCCAUUGCUUGUGCUCUUACACCAGCUGGUCCUCUGUUAAUAAAUUUUUUUAAUUAUUAAACCGACAAAAUAAUUAAUUAUAUUAAAUAGAACAGUAAUUGAUUAUAUUGACGUUAACUUAUACUAGUUUUGUACAUCAAGUUAUGAGUAUAUUGUAGCAGACAUUUGAAAUUUAAAUAAUUUUUUUUUGAUAGAUAAAUAAUAAAAAAAAUGCAUUUGUAGAAAAUUUAAUAAACUAUACGUGCAAUUUUUCAAAAUAUUUUUUUUAAUAUUUAUUUUUUUGUUAAAAAAAAUCCAAAUAUUGUUAAAUGUCUGCUAUCUUUAUUGUCAUAAUCAAGUUUGUCAUUCUAAGUCGCAAGUGGCAAAACAAACAAAUUUUAAAGACAGUAAAUUUAAGUGAUCAUUAAAGUAGGACAAUGAUUAUUAUCAAUAAUAAUAAUAUUUGCAACCUUACACUGUAAAAAAUUUGUGGAGUGAACGCGCAGUGGAUGACUUUGUUUCAUGAGUGUAAAUGUAGCAGACGAGACAAUUUUUAAAUUACAUAUAAAAAAAUUAAACAAUUUAAUUGAUAAAGUAAAAAAAAUACAUGUACUGAUUUUAUAAUUUUCUAGAAGCCCAUUUUUAAUUUUUUUGUUAAAAAAAUUUUAUUCUAUUAUUUUAAAACUGGUUAGUUUAAAAGGAAAGAUGGACGAAAAGAACUGAUGAAAAACUUUUUUAUUUCAUCGCCAACGUUUCGUCGACUUCUUCAGGGUUCUACCAUGAGAAUAGUAUAUUGUGUGACAAGGGAUGAAACAAUACGAUUUCAGACUAGGGUGAGGUUGGCUGACAUCACCCGCAGUUUGAAAUCGUGUUUUAUCUUGAGUCACACACUAUAUUUUUCAUGAUUACCUGCAUCGGAACUUGAAGAUUCAGUGCCAGCAGCCAGUAAGGAACAAGUUAAUUUCAAGCCGAUGAUGCGGAAAACUGUUAGAGAAUGAGAAAUAUGUGAUUUACAGUCACUUAUUAAAUAGUAAAUAAGACAAAAAUAUUAUUUUCACUCAUUUUUUAUUAAUUUUAUUUGGUUAAUUAAAACUGUCACUUAAAACAUGAAAUGAGUAAACUGAAGUGACAAGCAAACAAAUGAGAGUAAUAAGGCUGAAAAUGAACAUUAAAUAUAACUAGCACAGGGCAGAAACAUGCAUGUUUCUGCCCGCUGUGCAGGGAUUUGUGAAUUACGAAUUUGCUAGCAGUUGUUUGCAGCAUCGGCUUGAAAUUAGCUUGUUUCGACGGGCUGUAGAGACACUGAAACUUCAAGUUUCGAUGCUGGUAUCAUGAAAACAUUA